UGUAAAGAAAACCACCAAUCCUUUCACCAAAAACUUCCUUCUUGGCUAAGCCAUGGAAUUUGAAGAAGCCCCUCUCUUGCAAAAAAUUAGUGCUCUUUACCAUCAAAUCUCAAGCCUCACUAGCCUCAACCCUUCUAAAAAUGUCGACACUCUUUUCACUCAACUCGUCCUCACGUGCUCUCCACCUGCCCCAGCUGGCUUUGAUAUUGCUUCUUUGUCUCAGCCACUUCAAGCCAUGAGGGCUCAUCUCAUUCGCCUUUGUGCUAAAGCUGAGGCUCUUCUUGAACUUCAUUUCUCUUCCAUUUUGGCUUCUUCAUUUCGUAAUCCUAUUUCUAACUUGUCUAUCUUCCCUUACUACUCUAAUUACUUGAAGCUUUCUUUACUUGAGUUUGAUAUUCUUCGAUCUCAUUGUCGUCGUGUCCCGGCUAGCAUCGCGUUUCUUGGCUCCGGCCCCCUCCCGCUCUCCUCCAUUGUCAUGGCGUCCAUUCAUCUUAAGGGUACUAUUUUCCACAACUUUGACCUUGAUCCAACUGCAAACUCCAUGGCUAGUCAAUUGGUUUGCUCUGACCCAGACUUAUCACAAAGAAUGAUAUUUCACACAACAGAUGUAAUGAAUGUAACAAAUGGAUUAAAAGACUAUGAAGUUGUGUUUUUAGCAGCAUUAGUGGGACUAGAAGAGGAAGAAAAAGGAAGAGUUUUAAAGCAUUUGGGGAAACAUAUGGCAGCUGGUGCUUAUUUAAUGCUAAGAAGUGCUCAUGGAGCAAGAGCAUUUUUGUACCCUGUUGUUGAUAUUUGUGACGUUGAAGCUUCUGGAUUUGAGAUUUUGUCUGUGUUUCAUCCCACUGAUGAAGUUAUAAACUCUGUUGUAAUUGCAAGAAAGAAAGCCCUGUUUGAUCGAAACUCGGUUGAGGAUGAGGAUGACGACGACAACGCCGCCGAGAAACGAGGUAUUUUAGUUGAUACUUCAUCUAUUGUGUUGGCUGAGAAAUGCUCUGGGUUUAAUGGUUUUAGUCCUAUGGUUGAAGAACAACUUUCUUGAAGUUGUUAUUGUACUUUUGCAUUUAAUUUUCAUUCACCCACCAUAAAUCUAUAUGUUUGGUUAAGUUCUUUUGUUUUGCUUGUUUUGUGUUGUGGAAAGUUUUUGACUUUCUUUUGUUUGUGUAACUAUAGAUCAAAUUGUUUCAAUAAAAUUAUGAGACGGAAAAAGAGUUAUACACUUGUCUUUUAGCUUAAA